AUGGCGAUGGAAACGCAGACCACCAGCGUGGAGGCUGGCCACGACCAGGGCUCAUUGAAAUUCUCCCGCUAUCGAUCCGUCCGAAGAGCAGCCACACAGAAGCAGCCCAAGCAGCUGCAUACCUCGAUCCCUUCUGCCCCCAGCCCCCCCAGCGCUCCUGCGACUAGACUCCACUGUGGGACGACACCUACGGCUGAUUCAAUCAAUCGAAGCAUGUCCCGAUACCGACGCCAGCGCGCUCCGACAGCCCCUGCUAUGACGGCACAGCCUGCGGCCCCAGCCCUUCCGUUGCAUAAAACGCUAUUGAACGGCCACAACCCGGGGCGCAUUCCCGAGGAUCAGACUGUUGCAGCGACAGCAGCGCAGGUACCGGCGAUGGCUCGAAGCAUGACGGAACCUACGAAAACCACAACGAACCCGUUCGGUGAUGACGCCGCGGCCACUGAGGACUCGGAAGCUGAGCGCGAGAGACACAGGCAGGAGGCCAUGGCGCGCUUAACAGGGGAAACUACAAAACCCGCGCCAGCUGUUUCAGAUCAUCGGAGAGUGACUCCGCGGACCGCAGAGGGUCGGCGCAAGCACGAUGAUGUGCAGGAGGGGUCGCGGCGGCAUCACAGGUCGGACGAAACCUCUGAGCCGAAGCGUCGAUCGUUCAAGGAGAAAAUGAAGCUUGCUAAACCCAAGGACAAGUCGAGCACAGAGUCGUCCGCCGUCAAGUCCCCAGAGCCUCCUACAGCAAAUCACUUUACUGGGGUGGAUGCGCCUCUUUCUGCGGUGAAUUCAGGAAAGCGCAGCGUUCUGGUCCAAUAUGGGAGGAUGUCGGCCAAGAUGCCCGUCAUGCCGUCGACACGGGUUCAAGAUCUGCUAGUUGCUGCCUCGGAGUGUCUGACAAGUGAGAUCGAUCCCCCAAAGUUCAUUAUGAUGGAGUCAUUUAGCCAGCUGGGGCUGGAGCGGCCCUUGCGCAGAUACGAGUGUGUGAGGGAUAUCCUGAACUCGUGGGCGUAUGAUGGAGAGAACACAUUGAUUAUUGUUCCUGCGGCAAGCAUCGAGUCCUUGCGCCCGCUUGAAGCGCAGAAUGUACCGAUCGCGCCGCCCGCGGAUGUAACAGUGCACAUCUACUACUCACAACGGCCCCGUAAGUGGGACAAGCGCUUUGUCACCCUUCGUUCGGAUGGGCAGAUCACUGUUUCUAAAAAGGAACAUGGCAAGGACCAAACAAAUGCCUGCCAUCUUUCCGAUUUUGAUAUCUAUUCUCCCACGCCGGAUUUUCUGAGAAAGAACGUUGAUCCACCAAAGAAGGUCUGUCAGGCGAUCAAGAGUCAGCAAAAGUCGAGCAUGUUCCUCUCGACGGAGAAUUUUGUCCACUUCUUCUCUACCAAUGACAGGGCAGUCGCCGAGCAGUGGUAUCAAGCAGUGCAAACAUGGCGCAGCUGGUAUCUCGUUCACAAAAAAGGCGCAGCCCAGAGUGAAGAUGACGAGGAGGGCAAAAGCGUCCAUCAGCAGAGGAUUGGCUCAUCUCAUUCCAAGUCGAGUCAGCAACCUCAAUUCAAACCACUGGUGGAUCUGGAUUCUGUUGCGGAGCAAGAGCGAGCGCCAUCACAGCAUUCUUCGGCUGAUGACCAGCACAAAUCAAGCAAGACCAAAGAUAUCUUCUCGCGACCGAGACGCUCGCGCGAGCGUGGACCGCCACCAUCGUCUUUCCCGAAAUCCCUGGCGGAACCGGACACUGCAAUGCAGCCUACCGACGGCUCCCCAUUCGCUUCAUCAGGACUUCUGGGUCGCACAUAUACGCAACGUCAACAGGCUAUGAAGGAACGAGAAGAGAAGGAAAAGAGGGCCAACGAAGAGCCGUUCAUUGCUCAUGGACUGGUCGGAAGUAUGAGCACACGUCGCGGUCCAGUCAGCCAGCCAGCCAGUCGGUCGAACACGAUGACCUCGACACAGGCUCCGGACAUGGGUGCUGGUGCUGUCAAGCGGUCACUGUCUGUGAACAGAGGCAAACCGCUGGUCGACUUGACACCGGCUUACCAAGAACCUCCACAGCACGCUCGCAAGGGGAGAGGCGUUGCCGUUGAACCGGGCGUCCCAUUGAUUGAUGCAGCCACGGGACCGGAGCCCUUGGGAGCCAUCGCCGUCCCGCCAUCAACAACUUGGAGACGCCCACCCGUGCCAGCGGAACCAUCGUCAACUACAGAAACGCAGACCCGCAAGCGCUCCAACACUAUUCGCAGCACCAGCAACCAGCGACACCAGCACACCGCGCCUGCGUCCCCAGUCACUCCCGUUGACAAUACGCAACCCUCCGAGGGCCCAUUCCUCGCAAACAGCCUCCUCGCACGUACCGCCCAGCUCGCUGCAGCACAAAGCAGCGGCCCAGUCGGCCACGGCGUGGCCACCGGCGACCGGAACGCCUCGAAGCCAAUGCUGGAUCUCACGCCCCCCAACCCGUUCGCCGAAGGCAGCCUGCUACGGAACCUAUAG